AUGGCGGUCCAAAUGCCGGUUCGCUCCGGACAUGACUGCGCUUUGUCACUGGCGAUGUUAAAUAAAUGCGAAGUCGCUGUAUUAAAGUUGGGAGCUGCCCAUCAAGGAAAGAGGCAGGAGCGCCGCCCAGUCAGUCCGCGUCGAGCCUCCGACAGGGACCCACGUGUUGAGCGCCCCUGCUUUGGAGGGAAAACUUUUCGGCACACGGGACAAUGGAACCAUAAUCGAGUUUGUCGCGUCAUAUCAUGGGCACUAAUCGCACUAGCGGUGGCCCAAGCGACGAGCUCAAGCGACAAACGUCCUCACUUCACCGUGGAGCCGCCGUCGCGAGUUCUAUGGCCCGCGACCAGGGGAGCCUACGCCGUCUGCCGUGCGACUGGACAUCCGACCCCUGAUGUGCACUGGGUUACGUCGGAAGGACAACUGGUGUCUACUAUACCAGGACUGAGACACGUCUUAGCUGAUGGCAGGCUUGUGGUGGGGGCUCGAAGAUCCCUUCUGGAUACUGGAAGUGGGGGGAGUGGGGCGAUACUCCGAUGCAGGGCUUCCAAUCGUGCCGGAACACUGCUAUCCAGACCUGUACUGCUUCAACCAGUUGAAGACAGUGUUUUAUCCCACACUGCUCGUCAGCUGAUCCCGGCCAAAGUAGGAGGUCACGUGGUGCUGCGAUGCGAGGUGUCUCCUCAGGUCGGCUUGGUUGACGUCACGUGGCUGCAAGACGGCCUGCCACUCGCUUCUGGUUAUUUGGCACCUGAAUCUCGAUGGGUUUCCGGAGCCGGAGGACUGUUAUUUGGGUCAGAUUUAACGCAAGCGGAUAUACAAGCUGAAUAUACAUGCAUUGCAUUAGACUUGCCAAGUCCUCCACUUAAACUUACAACAGAUGAUAGCAGUUGGCUUGAAAAUAUUAAGCUGAACUCGCUUGAAGCCCGUGCUGGUGACACAAUAGUUUUACCCUGUAUUUUACGGCAUAUAACAGGACAUAGUGUGAGUUGGCAGCGGCAGGACGGUAGUGGAACCUGGUCUGCGGCUACCGGAGAAGGGACAGUACGUGGUGGAUCCCUUAUAAUUCCAAACGCACGGGAACAUCACGCUUCAAGAUAUGCAUGCUCAUCAGGAGCUGAAUCUUCGCCAAAGAUGAUUAUAAGACUGGUCGUUUAUGAACCACUCACAGUCAGCGUUAGUCCAAAUCCAUUGAUGUUGGGUACGGGUGGAACUGGGCAUUUGAACUGCACUGCACAGGGUGGUCGGGGUGGUGGGAUCACGAUGGGGUGGCAACAUGAAGGGCGACCAUUACACGCGCCUCAAUCUCGGCUCACAUUAGGUCCUGUAAGGUCACACCACGCUGGUAUUUACCAAUGCACAGUACACGACCAUUCCGAGUCAGCUGUUUCCUCUGCAGAAUUGAUUAUUGCUGACAGGCCGCCAAAGUUAGUGUCUACAUUUAGUGAAGCUAUCACGAGGAUUGGUCAAAGCAUCGCCUUGAGGUGUGCUGCGACAGGUGUACCACCACCGAGGAUAUUAUGGACUUUAGAUGAUAAACCAUUACCAGCAGCACCAGACAAGUAUAGUGUAAACACUAGAGCAGAAAAUUUGCCUGGAAGUGAAGAAGGAACUAUUGUUUCUACUCUGAGUGUAACCAUUAGAACUGCUGAUGAAGGUGGAAGGUAUGGUUGUAAUGCCACCAAUUCUCGAGGAUCUCACGCACAUCAUGCAAGGCUAAACGUUUAUGGACCACCGAACAUUAGAUAUUUAUCUGCAAUACAUGUGAAGACUGAUACUGAUAUAAAUUUGUACUGCCCUUAUUCAGGAUAUCCAAUAAAGGAAGUUGUAUGGAAAAAAGAAGACGGAACAUUGGUUGACAUGGGAAUAGAGUCAGGCGAUGAACGUGGUAUAUUAAGACUAAACUCUGUGAGGAGUUCGGUUGCUGGAAGUUAUACGUGUGAAGUUCGAGCUGAAAGUGGAGAGUUGGCCCGAAGAACUGUCCGAAUUGAAGUGCACAAGCCUCCAAAAAUAGCAUCAUUUCAUUUUCCUGAAGAGCUAGAAGUUGGAGGAAGUACACAAGCUACUUGUAGCUUAGUAUCUGGAGACAAACCUAUAACAUUCACCUGGCACAAAGAUAAUUUACCUAUCCCUUCAGUGCUCAAGGUGGAACAAAAAAACAUGGACUUCUUCACGAUCCUUAUAAUACAAGAUCUUACUUCAGCUCACAGUGGUGAAUAUACUUGCAAAGCUACAAAUGACUUCGGAACCGUCAGUCACUCCGCAUCUUUGGUUGUAAAAGAGCCACCGACGUGGGUGUGGCGUGCGCAGAAUACCUCGGUAUCAGCUGGUGCUGCUAUUUUAUUACCAUGUUCUGCCAAAGGCCAACCUUCACCGAGAAUAUCUUGGGAAUACUCUGCAGAUGGAGAAAAUUGGCGUCAUAUUUUGUGGGGUCAGUCCGACACAAGUGAUGCCAGUGGCGGUUUAAUCUUGUCUGAUGGCACAGUUUGGUUGAGAGCUACUUCACCGGAGCAUGAAGGCUGGUAUCGAUGUACAGCACGAGCUCAACACGCUUUUUUACACCACAGUUUCUACCUUGAUGUAAGAGAACCUCCGAGGUUAAGUAGAGGAGGAGGUGGUGGGGAAACCAGAUGGGUCGUCAGGGGUUCCGCCGCUCGUCUAACUUGUACAGUCAGAGGAGAACCGGAGUUACACAUACAAUGGACACACGACACGAGACCUUUGGCACUACAUGGUAGUGGAGGCGUAGAAACAAGGGAUUCUGGAAGUGGCUCAAUGACAUCAGAAGUUACUAUAAACCAUGCGAGUCCAGAACACGCUGGCGAAUACCGGUGCCUUGCAAGAAAUCUUUAUGGCAGUGACGAACUGGUCUUUCGUCUUUUUGUGAAAGAGCGCCCUACCAUGCCCGAAGAAGUAAGAGUAUCGGAAGUAUGGUCACGUCGAGCCCGAGUGACCUGGCGGAUAGCCCGUGGAGCAAUGGUCUCUCACUACUCACUGCAAUACCGGUCUCUUACUCGAGACCUCACAAACGCUCCGCUUGACGCUCCGCUGCCCGCUAUGCUCGACAAUUGGGCCACACCCGAAGUCCUCAACAUCACAUUGACUAACUCUGAUUUGCUUCAUGUCGCGUCAGAGGGUCCAGGGCGGGCCGGCGCCUCGGUCGCGGGAUUAUCUCCGGACACUCGAUACGCCCUCAGACUGGCCGCCUACAAUGACGUCGGCGGGUCACCCUUCACCGCGCCACUACACUUCACCACACGAGAAGAGGCACCCGGCGGGGCGCCGCGCGAUAUCACCAUCCGCGCACUUAGAGCACGUGAGCUUCACGUCACUUGGCAGCCUCCACCAAGAGAAACCUGGCAUGGUACUCUUCUUGGAUACACGAUCCGCUGGUGGGAGGUAUCCGAAGAAGGGAAGGGUACAUCAUCAGACGGUGCUGGCUCCGAGAGCGGGGCCUCUGCAGACGCUACCAGCACUACCUUAAGAGGCCUGAAGGCGGCUACCAGAUAUGGAGUGACUGUCAGGGCAUAUAAUGCAGCAGGAACUGGACCCCUGUCGCCGCCACAUUAUCGACAUACUUUAGAGUCACCGCCAACGGGUGGUCCUGAAGCCGUGUCCUGCCUGUCCAGCGGGUCGUCCUCUCUCCGAGUGUCUUGGCGCCCCCCCGCAGUCGACACCAGGGGGGGUCUGAUAACACAUUACACGCUGCAGUACACCAGGCGGGACUCGGAUCCUUUGCUGCCGGCUCAGGAUGCUUAUCUUCGUGUUCAGGGUGAAGAUGCAACAGUAUCUAGACUAACGCCGUACGCUGAAUAUGAAAUAAGGGUGCGUGCACACAACGCGGCCGGGGACGGGCCUCUGUCGGCCCCGCAAAUUUGUCGGACCGAUGAAGAUGCGCCUAGCGCUCCGGGCGGCAUGAAGCUGAUUGCUCUGAGCGAGCGGUCGCUCAGAGCUUCUUGGCUGCCGCCUCCGGAGCCCAACGGAAAGCUGACGCAUUACAGCCUUUAUGUCAAGGAUCUGUCAGGGUCACAAGAACCUAACAUAUCUCGGGUAAAUGCGUGCAUCGAACCCGAAGGAGGAUCAGCAGAAUGCAUGAGGCCAUUGCGUGGUCUUCGAGCUGGACGGACGUAUGAGGCCUGGGUGCGGGCUGCCACGGCGGCCGGCGAAGGACCGCCUUCUGCGGCUGUUGCUUGUCAGACCAGCGCUCUUGCACCAGCGCGCAUCUCUUCUUUCGGCGGAGUGGCCAUGGGAGCCGCGGGUGGGUCGUUGUCCCUCCGCUGCGUGGUGGGAGGAGCUCCGCCGCCGGCCAAACGCUGGCUGCGUGGAGGCAGCCCAUUGCAUCCGCGCCCGCCAUUCCAUCUCGACGGAGACGCUUUAUUGAUACGAAGUUUGGAACUAUCCCAUGCUGAUAACUACACAUGCGUUGCUGAAAAUCCCCACGGUUCUGACUCCGUGACUUGGAGAGUCGUGGUGCUUAGACCACCUUCACCUCCCGGCCUUGCUCUAUUGGAAGCCAGAUCUAGGGAAUUAGAACUAGAACUUAGACCGGCUAUAAGGUCACCCGGUCAUGCAUUAGCCAAAUCAUAUGCAGUGCACUGGAGAUUAUCUUCGCCUGAAGGCGAAUGGCGUAUCCAAGCAGCUAAUCCGGGUCCGGUAACUCUAACCGGCCUGCGAUGUGGUUCUUCAUACAAAGCGUACGGUUCCGCCGGCGGGCCCCCCGGCCCAGAAAUUACCGUGCGUACAUCCGGGGGGCCUCCCAUAGCGCCUGUUGAUGCGAGGUGGAUAAGGACGAAUUCUACUCACGCGAGGUUUGACACGAGUGCGUGGAGUGAUGGCGGCUGUGGCCCUGUGGCUUUGAAGCUGGAGUGGGCUGGGGCGGGCGCGGCGGGGGCCAGGGAUGUGCCUAUUGGAGGUGAAGUCAUCUUGGGAGGUCUUACUCCCGGUUCUCGCUACCGUCUCGCGGCCCGGGCCACAAACGAGGCGGGUUUGACUCGAGAAGUGUACGAGUUCACAACGGCGCCGCCAGAGGGCGGUUUCGCUGAAGAAGUGGACGCGCCGUUUCCCGCCACUGCUGGGGAGUUGGCGCUGCUGCUGGCAUUGUGUGCUGCUUUGUCACUUGCAGCGCUCACCAUACUAGCUAUACUACUUAGACGUAAGAGGACUGAUGGGGCUGUAGCUCGGGUGUCGACGAGCGCUGAAAAACCAACGUGUGGGACCUACCGGGCUCCGCCACAUCAGACGCCAAAACUACCACCAGACCCCCCAGACGUAUACGAGAUAAGUCCAUACGCAACAUUCGCCGGCGGCCCCGGGGCCGUGACCAGCAGCGGGUCGCGAGCGUACACGUUGCAGCUGCGCGCGCUCGCGCGACACGACGACGACGCGGCCCCGCCUGCGCACGCGGCCUGCUGUGAUGAGGAAACCUGUGUGGACGCGUGUGACGCGCAAAGACGUCGAAGGCGUCGCCGACACUAUUGCCCCGAUCAUGGUUGUUCACAAGACUCAGGGAGUUGA